GUCACCCUCUUCAUCAAACCCUGAAUUAUGAAAUUUAUUCUUGACAACAGUGAACCGCAUUCCUGAAAGCAUUUCUAAAAUCAAUAGCAACAGUGCACGAAUAGCAGAAAAUAUCCGUCAAUUGCGGCAGGAAAAAUGGAUGAGGGUUAAAAGUCGAAAGUACAAUCUUUCCGUGUUCCGAACGAUCCUGGCACCCUCUCGAACGUUGUCAGCUGAUAGUUGUGAGUGGUAGGUGCUGUCUCUUUGUGAAGCACCUGGAAACCACAAUGGUUCGAAAAAGGCGACUUCAACAGGCGAUUUAAGUUAUUGACGGUCUGCGGCAGUUCCGUAGCACAUGCCAUGGGUCCAUGCAACUAACAUUCAAAUAACAUUUAUUGGUCACUCACUACCAACAGGCCCAACGAAUGCCCACUCGUUUAAAACAUCUCCCGAUCUGCAUAUAUCUUGUAGAUAAACCAAUAUGGGAUCGAGCAGCGGGGGGAAAAAGAAGUACAUCAACUUCCGCAGCCGACAAAGGGCCAACAUGAGCUUUUUUAUCGUGGUGAUGUUUUUCGCCGUGUUUGGCAUUAUCAUCUUCACAGAAAUUUUCCUGAUAGACGAAAGAGGGAGAGGGGCGGGAGUUCUUGUCAGACACGGCUCGCUCACGUAUCACCACCGCCAACAAGACCGGGACUACGAAGAUGCCCUUCAGAGUGACGACUACAUAUCAAUCCGUGUGGGUGCUGUAUCCAACAUGGACGACACAGUUGGAGCAUUAUUGUUAGGUCGUCCUGCAGCUAUUCCAGUAGCUGAUGAAGAACCGGGUCCUCAGUCUUCCAAAAUGCUCACAGAAACCCAGCUGCCACCAUAUCCAUUUCAUAUAACCCCGACAAAUGGUUCUUGGCAAAACGUAAACGGCGCUAGAUACAAAUUUUUCGUAUUUUCGGCCUUUUUUGACAAUCGCAAAGGACAAAGGUCAGUGCGUGUGAUAGGAGCAACGAAAACAAGAGGACCGGAACGAGUAUGGUGCCGUUUGUGGUACAGAGCUAACGAUAAUAAUGCUACUUCUUUUACUUCACGCACAGUUCAAGCAAAAAUAAAGGUGAUACGUGAAAAUUGGAAUUUGAAAUACAGCGCUUGUUUCGUGCUAUGCCCCUUGCUGGCGAAUCAAACAGUUCCUGCGCUGGUCUCUAUCGUAACAAAGGUCAAAUCUUCCCCCAGCAACUUAUUAAGUGUCAUCAACAACUACAACGAUUCGGGGAAACCCCCGAAUAAGUUUGGUGCAUGCAUCAAACCACUUCAUUUCGACUACAACAGGGCACUCCAAAUUUUGGAAUUCAUUGAACUAAACCGCAUCAUGGGCGUUGAACAUUUCACCUUCUACAACCACACGAUCGGUCCGCAAGUCGGGUGUAUUCUGCAAGAUUACGUUGAUCGAGGCUUAGUCACCCUGUUGCCUUGGCAACUCAACAUGCUGUCGCAGAAGGAAAUUCGCACAGAAGGUCUUUUCGCAGCCCUCAAUGAUUGCCUAUAUCGUUCCAUGAACUUGUACUCACACGUCCUCCUCAUAGAUCUUGACGAGUACAUUAUACCAAGGAACAAUGAAACUCUACCGCAGCUUAUAGAGUAUCUCAAUAACAAACUGAACAGUCGAACUACUGGUGCUUAUUCUUUUCAAAAUGCCUUCUUCUAUCUCCAGUGGGGUGACGACGAUUCUGUAUACGACUCAAACGAUCCCGUAGCCGCAGGUUUGGUCACACUCAAGAAAACUCGAAGACGUAGUAAACUACAUCCACACAAACAACGUUCGAAAUAUAUUUGUCGGCCAGAGUUAGUAGUAGAAGCUGGAAAUCACUUCGUUUGGGAAUUUAUUCCGGGGCACGGAACCAUGAAUGUGCCCCAAGACGCAGCAAUAUUGCAUCACUAUCGAAUCUGUGAAUUCGGUGGAGAUGACUGCAUAAAGACAGCCUCAACUGUUGACACUACAGCUUUUAAAUAUAGAACUAAAUUAGUAGAAAAAGUUAAACAUAAAUACAAUGAGUUCAAAAUCAAAUGUAAUUUAGUGGAAUUACCACCACCACCAACGAGGGUUUUUAGUAAAAUUAUGAACAUGUUAAAAAGUGGACAACAGACGAUGAGGUAAUUCUUAUUGACUUAAAUCUAAGAAUACCGUAUUUUCUAAUAAGAUAGGUAAUAAUUUUGGACAAUAUUAUUUUGUAUAUAAAGUAUGUUUAUAUUUUGUAAAUACAGAACAAGUUGCACUGGAA